AUACCGUGCGACGCUACUUUUGACGUUCGUAAGUUAGUUUUUUGGUACAACGAUUAUAACGAAUGAAGUGAAAAGGGCCAAGAUAAUCGUGGCCCAUCAUCGGUUUAUUCAAGACGGAGAAUGCGGUUGAUAGAGUUUAGCAAGAUCCUCAAACAUCAACCAAUCAGAAUUUCGAUAAGGAGAAACGCAAAUCGUACGCGGGGCACGAGGACCCGCUAUUGGCUAGUUUACGAGACGAUGAUGGCUCCGUGAUGGGAGAACAUGGCUGCGACGCAAACGGAGAGCCAACAAAACGAUGUAAAGUUGAACGAUAGUGUGAAAUGCGCCCAGAAAAGAGCACAAUUAAGUGGGAAUAGUGCGAGUGUUAGUGUAAAACAGCAGCUGGAUCAAGAGCCGGCCGAAAAGGUAACCCGGGGCGCGGCCCAGCUGCUCAAGUAUGUGAAUCGCGGGGACGGCGACUCAGGUUUCGAGAUGAGUCAAUAUCGUGAGGACAUUGGUGGACACACCGCUGGUGAGGUCAAGUCACCCCGGGAGGUCAUACAGAACCCUCAGGAAACGAGUGCCAAGCCAGAGCCCCACGAAAUACCCGGUCAUCCAGGACACCCGGGACAUCCCUACGGCGGAGGGCCAAACGUGCCUCGAGACUACUCUGAUGAGUAUGCUAAACCUAACGAGUUUUCCAACAAACAAUCCUCCGACUAUCCAGGCAAACCGCCUACGGAGUAUUCUUCAAAACAGCAGUUAGAUUACCACUCAAAACCACCACACAAUGAAAGUGAAAGACCACAUCAUCCUGAUAUGGAGGAUCAUUACUCGGUAUCAAAAAUGGAACCGAGAUUAGCACACAUUGGACCUGGUCCAGGAGGUUUUCCUGGCCAACCAAGAUUUUUAUCGGGCCAAAGUAUAUCUCAAGCCACUGGACCUACACCUACACUCAAUCAACUGCUGCAAGCCACUACUUCAGUACAUAGGUUUCAUGCCAAUUAUCCUGGAAUAGGUCCAGAGUCUUAUCAACAACCUUGGCCAAUGCAAAGACCACCAGUUGUACCACCUGUAUAUCCUCAACCUGGUCAAAGACCUCCACAAACGGGUUCUCCAAGAUUACAUCCCGGACCAGGUGGUCCUAGUUCACCAACUCCAAUGCCGUAUCAACCGUAUACGGCACGUUAUCCAUCACCAGCAAGAUCUCAUUCUCCUUAUGGGCACCAUCAAAUAAAUUCGUAUGCCGCACAAGCGGGUCACCCUCCAACUUUAUACCCAGAACAACGAGGUUGGAAUCAAGCGGGACCACCUAAUGCACCACCUCCACCACCAAAUCAGGUUAAUUCUUCAAGUCAAUCACCGCAAAGGGCACUCUCGCAAUCGCCUGCACCACCACCGUCUGCUUCACCACAGCCACAACCUGGUGGACAACAACAGAAUUAUCAUAACAUACAACGAUCGACGACUCCAAAUACUCAAGGAAUAGAUUCUGGGGAGCUUUCUGGUCAAAAUAGUAAUGACAGUUCGAAUGGACCCGCCGGUCCAGGAACUCCAAAUUCCCAGGGGAUGAGACCUACCCCUUCACCUACUGGAUCUACUGGUUCUCGGUCAAUGUCCCCUGCCGUUGGCCAACAAAACGUUCAGAUGCCUCCUCGUCCGUCGAGCAGCCAGUCGGAUGGUAGCGGCCCAGCGCGAAUGAGUCACUCUCCAAUGGCUACUCAAGGAGGUUAUCAACAACCGUUAGGGCCAUCACCCCAUAUGCAUGGCUACAAAUUAAAUAGUAGUGGGCCUGGUGUACCUUCGGGUCCUGGACCAACAGGAUUGGGUGGAAUGGGUCCUAUGGGAGGAGGAAUGGGAUACGCAGGGAGUGGUGGAACAGGUGGUCAACCCGGUGGCUAUUCUUCUCAAGGACCGGGUGGUUAUCCACCACCACGGCCUCAUAUGCAAUUUCCACAAGGAUAUCCACCACCAACAAAUUCACAGCCACCUCCAAAUAAUCAGUAUCAACCCACUAGGCCCAACAACAUGGUGCAAUAUCCAUCUUAUCCGCAUAAAAUGGGCUUCAAUAGUGUGCCACCGGGAAUGCCCCCAAGUCCAGGACCUCCUCAAGGAUAUGGUUCGACAGGUGGUGCAGGAUUAGUACCACCACCGAAUGCACCAGGAAUGGGCAGUGGUAUUGGUAAUAUGGGUCCGCCAACGAGUUCAAUGGGUCCACCACCUCCUUCACCAAAUCAUAUUAGUAAUCAACCUGGACCACCACCUCCACCUCCACCACCCGGACCACCAAAUGCUCCGAUGGGUCAUGCACAUCCACCGGCAGCAACACCACCACUAAAUCACGAAGGUAGUCCGAUGCCACCACCAAGCACUACUCCUAAUUCACAUCCAGCCCCAGCGCCCACGCCCACAAGUCACGGCUCUGCAGAUCUUGCGGCAGAGUCAUCCAAUGAUAGUGGGAUUACUACCACUGCAUCAGGCACCACAGCAAUCAAUGUGACAUCAACGUCGAGUGGUACCGUUACAUCAGUUAUUACGACCGGUCCUGAUGGUACAUCAAUUGACGAGGGCUCGCAACAGUCCACUUUAUCAAAUGCGUCGGCAGUGUCCGUAGCAUCCGGCGAGGAUCCAGCAUUUACGCCAAAGACUCGCAAGGAUAUGAUAAGCGCCUAUCACAGUCACCCAACGACACCACAGAGUACGGUACCGUCACCCGGAGCUGCUAGUAUCAAUUCUAUUCAUGAAGAAUAUCCAGACAUCAAUAGCCCCAGUUGGCCUCGUACACCAGCCAGCCCUGUGUUUAACAGUCAUGUGCCUCAAGACCCGUACAGAUCUAAGAAACCUGACAGUUUGGCGAAACUGUAUGAAAUGGAUGACACGAUAGAACGACGAAAUUGGCUUGAUAAACUAGUGGCAUUUAUGGAAGAACGAAGAACACCAAUAACCAGUUGUCCUACCAUCUCCAAGAACCCCCUCGAUCUAUUUCGUCUUUACCUCUACGUGAAGGACAGGGGGGGCUUCAUGGAGGUAUGCAAGGUUACGAAAAACAAAACGUGGAAGGAUAUAGCAGGUCUUCUGGGAAUCGGUGCGAGUAGUAGCGCAGCUUAUACAUUACGUAAACAUUAUACAAAACAUCUGUUAACAUACGAAUGUCAUUUUGAUCGAGGUGGAGUUGAUCCUCAACCAAUUAUCAAUCAAGUCGAAGCGGGUUCUAAAAAGAAAAGUGCUAAAAGCACAGCUUCAGUUCCAUCACCAGCACAUUCUUCCACAGGUUCUUCUAAUUCUCAAGAUUCUUUCCCAGCAGCUGGAUCUAGUAGUGCGUCUAUGGAUGGUUACGGGAAUUAUCAAGGUAACUAUCAGGGUGGAAAUCAAGGUGGCCCACCAUCAGAAUAUACUCCACCACCACCCAGGCCACCAAGUCAAAGUAGCGCACCUUCUCCUCAUCAAGGAAUGCAACAGGGAAAUUACCAGAACGCGGGCUCAUACCAGAAUUAUCCUCAAGACCAAUAUAUACGACCGCAAGCUCCUUCGAUGGGUCAGCAGGGGGAGUUUAAUCAGCCGUAUACACCGCGCUCACAUUAUCCUCCGUACGUGCCGGAUGCUGACAGGGGCUACCCUGGCGGAAACAUUCCACCAAAUAGUGCUGGAGGUCAAGAUAUGUAUAAUAGAUAUGGUGGAGGACAACAACCUAGUGGUUAUCCUGCUGGCUCUACGCCUGUUGUUAGAAGCAGUAAUUAUCCUACUGCAACGCAAAGCCAUGUAGUAACCCCUCCUCAACCACCGUCUACAAGUCAACCCUCUUCACCUUCUCAGUCGCCGGUUAAUCCGACGUAUUCGUGUCCGCAAGAUUAUUAUAGACAAGAACAAAGUGGAUAUGGAGCACCUGUUGGAAAUCAGAUGUAUCCCGCUGGUGGUGCAUCGAAUAAAAACAUGCCACCUCCUCCACCAGGUCCAACGCAACCAAGGCGACAUCCCGAUUUUGCCAAAGAUCAGCAGUAUCCUCAAUAUAAUCAGCAACGACCAUCUUAUCCAGGGUGGCCAGGAGCUACAAACCAGUAUAAUACCGGGAGUACGAAUAACAGGGUACCUUAUCCUAGCCAACAACCUCCACCACCAUCACCACAACAACCUCAACCACCACUUACACAACCACCACCUGUACCUACUAAUACUGGCAGUCCAGUUGUUGGUAGCAUGAAUAAUAGUAGUCCACAAUGGGCUAGUCAACAACCUGCUAGGCCGUCUUCUCAACCAAGUAUAAAUGCAAUGCCUCAUGCACCACCUCCACCAUGGGACAAUCGUUAUUCACAUCAACCGUCAUCUCUUUACCCGCCACCUGGCUCGCAUCAGGUGAGGGCUACGUUACUGAGCCAAUUAAGUAUGAAUCCAGUAAUUAAUCAGCAGUCAGCACCUAAAAGAGAAAUGACAUUCCCACCCGACAGCGUAGAAGCUGUUACACCACUAUUGUAUAAAAAACGUAAACUUACACGUGCUGACGUCGCACCAGUUGAAGCUUGGAGAAUUAUGAUGGCACUGCGCUCUGGGCUUCUUGCAGAAAGUUGUUGGGCACUUGAUGUUCUCAAUAUUCUUCUGUUUGAUGACAGUUCGGUAAAUUACUUUGGUUUGACAAAUCUUCCUGGGCUUCUGGAUGUAUUACUUGAGCAUUUUUCACGUUCACUAUCCGAUAUGUUUGAAUCACCAAUAUCGGAAGAAGAUCGUUGUGACAAAAAUGCUGAUAGUCCUGAGGUUGAUCUCGGUGCAGUGACACGUCCUAUUGAUGCUGAAGAUCGUACUAAGUUACUUACUACCUCGAAUUAUACCUUCCUCUCAAGACGCGGUCGACCAGUUAAAAUGGUGCCUCGUGAUGAUGAUAUAUUUGUGUUGGAUAGUCGUCGACCGUGGGAUCAUGUUGAUAUUGAACCAGAGGGUGAACCUUGGCAAGUUGAUCCAGAUGAUACCAAGUACAUUAUAACGUGUUUCCAAUCGGAGAUUGGAAUGGCUCCAUUUGCAAGGCAUUUAAGAGAUGAAAAACCACCACUUUUGCAGAAAGAGGUAGAACAUACAGAAGUAAAAGAUGACGGAAAAUCAGAAGCACCGGAAAUUUUAGACUCUCCAAAUAAACCUGUUGAGCCAAUUGACAAACUCAGGGAAAAUGGUGAACGUAAACAACAACAACAAUCUGAGAAAAAGAAAAAGACGAAAACACUAAGUGAUGUUUUAUCAAGGAUAAAAAAGGAACCGGUUGAAAUGAAUGAUUUAACAAGAGAACUUUUUGAGAAAAAGAAUGAUGGAUCGAAAAGAGAUUGUGAAUCGGAAAAUAAACCAAACAAUAAUAUGGGAGAACAUAUUGUAUUUUCGAAAUCUGAUGAUGAUUCGUUUCCCACUCCCAAUGGUCUCAGUGAUUCUGCAAGUACGUUUGAAUCAGAGAAACGAGAUUUAAAACUAGAACAACCAGAUAAUGAACCUGAAGAUGAAACAACGAGGUCAGCGACGCAAACAACGACGUCAUCAACAACAGAGGAGGAGAAGAAAGAGGGACCAAGAUUAAAGAUAAAAGAUCCAGCUGGUACUCUUAAGCGAAAACGAUUAAGUGAUUACGAAGAUGAAAGUUAUUCAAGAGAUGAAGCAAGUCUUUAUCUUGUUACCGAGAGCCAGGACAGUUUGGCACGGCGUUGCGUUUGUCUUUCAACGAUACUUCGUAAUUUAACUUUCAUCCCUGGUAAUGAAGCUGAAUUUGCAAAGAACGUAACUUUCCUUAGUUUACUGGGAAAACUUCUCCUCUUGCAUCAUGAACAUCCAGCAAGGACGCAGAAAACAAGAAAUUAUGAUCGUGAAGAAGAUGCUGAUUUUUCAGAUUCUUGUAGUAGUCUUCAAGGUGAAAGUGAAUGGUGGUGGGAUUUUCUUUAUCACAUACGAGAAAAUGUUCUUGUAAUGGCAGCAAAUAUCGCUGGAUACACAGAUCUGAGUCAACAUCCUGAGGAAAUAUCUCGGCCGGUUUUAGAUGGACUUCUGCAUUGGGCAGUUUGUCCUGCGGCUCACGGUCAAGAUCCAUUCCCUACUGUCAACUGCAGUAGCUCAUUAUCACCACAAAGAUUAGCCCUCGAGGCACUUUGUAAACUCUGCGUCACUGAAAGCAAUGUAGACCUCGUAGUUGCUACACCACCAUACUCUAGACUUCAGCGACUUUGUUCUGUUCUAACGAGGUUGCUCUGUCGAAGUGAAGAACAAGUACUUCGAGAGUUUGGUGUUAAUUUGCUUCAUUUCCUGUCAGCAGCAGACAGUGGAGUUGCGCGAACGAUUGCUCUUCAAACACCGUGUGUUGCUCUCCUCGUGGCAUUCAUUGAGCAAGCAGAGACAAGCGCUUUAGGUGUUGCUAAUCAACAUGGACUAGUUGCCCUCAGGGAUAAUCCAGAAUCAAUGGGUACAAGUCUCGAUAUGCUUAGACGAGCUGCUGGAACUCUUCUUAAUUUAGCAAGGCAUCCGGAUAAUAGGACACUAUUGUUACAACAUGAAUCGCGUCUUUUAGCACUUGUUAUGAGUCAAAUACUCGAUCAGCAAGUAGCUGCUAUUGUUGCGCGUGUGUUGUACCAGUGCUCCAGGGGUACGUAACUGAUAAAAAAUGUGGGUUUAAAAAAUGAAUUAAAUAUGAAUGAGUUAUAAGACGAAAAAAACAAAAAAAAACAAAAAAAAAAGAACACAAGUAAAUAAAAACGCGUUCACGUUUUACACGGGUUAUAUUAUGGACAAAUAGACAUGAAGAUGUGCUCGCGUGUAGUGAAAUGAGAAAGCGAAGGACUUUCAAAUAUUGAAAA